GAGAGUUCAUCAUGGCGACUAUGAGACAUGUGCGGCUUCUGUCGCUAACGUCAAAAUUGAUAUUGCGAGAUUCCCUUAACUUAAAUGUAACUGUUACAGAGAAUAUCUCCAGAAGAUGUCUACAUGCUGCAUCCCGAAAUUAUCCACAGUCAUCCAGCAUUUUCAGCAAAACUCAAAGUACCAACCUUAAUGUGUUUAAGAGAUGUCAGGCCCCAGUAUGGAGUGUUUGUGGAGUGCAGCGUCACAAUAGCACAGAAACCUCUACAAAUAUAUCGGAACUAGUACCAGAGCAAGAUAGUUUUAUUCCUGAUCCUCCAGAUUUGCCAUCAUAUGUACCUGUCUCCGAGCUUCCACUCAAUGCUCUUGGGGAACCAACAUUGCAGAGCUUGGGACUCGGAAGUAAUUGGCCUGCAGGCCUGUACCAGCAAAGCCUAGAAUUUCUACAUGUUGAAGGAAUUCCCUGGGUAGCAGCCAUAGGCAUAGUUACAGUAGCAGUAAGGUUUGCAAUGUUCCCACUGAAUGUCAUGGUGCAAAGAAAUGCUGCCAGGACACAAAAUGCAGCCCCAAAGCUUUCUGCAAUCAAUGACAAAAUUUUUAGAGCACAAAAAAGUGGAAAUAGGCUUGCAUUACUAAAAUGUAAUGAAGAAUUGCGAGAAACUAUGAAGACAGAGAAUGUACAUCCGUUAAAAAACUUUGCUGUUUUAUUUGCCCAGGCACCGAUAUUUAUGACAGUGUUCACAGGCCUGAGAGGGUUGACCAAUUUGCCGGUGGAGAGUAUGAAAACUGGGGGCAUGUGGUGGAUUACAGACAUAACAGUCCCAGAUCCAGUGUUUAUCCUGCCCGUGCUCACCGCCUUCACGUUAUAUAUGACAAUUAAGCUUGGAUCUGACACAGGUGUGGCAUUAGACGAAACGAGUAAGAGGAUAAAACAGAUGGUGCAGAUCCUUCCCCUAAUUACUCUAGUCCUCAUCGCUAAGUUUCCUGCAGCGCUGUGUUUUUACUGGUUAACAUCGAACACAUACUCCCUUUUUAUGGUCCUUUUCUUCAAAAUAAAACCUGUCCGCAAGUUUUUCAAGAUACCCGGAGAGGCAGUCAAUACCUGAACCAGUAGUGGAAUAUCCUGGAGAGAAACCCAGCAAGAGAGGAUUUGUAGAAACUUUUCAGGAAGGAGUAAGGAUAUCAGAAAAGGUUCUUGAAUAUGAGUCAAGAAAACAAGUUGGUGCUAUGACACUAAAAGACAAACGUACCAAAAAAGGCAUGUCAACUUCCACGAGUAGUAAAAGUAGUACUGAAAAGCAAGCUAAGGAAAAAGGAAAAUGAUUACAAAAUUGUUUAAUUGUAUAAAAUAAUGCCAGAGGACAACCUUACCUGUAGAGAAAGCAUGCCAAUCUCCACUAGUGAUAGAACUACAGAUACCAAGUACAAUAAAACAAACGGAGACAAUGAAAAUCAUUUCAGCACUUUUUAAUUGUACACAAUGAGAAAUGACAACCUUGUCAUCUGUAGUCAAGGUAUGUUUAUGUCUACAGGUAACCAGUGUUUCUAACUGUCUUGUCCUUGGAUGGAGACUUGAAUAAUUCCAUGUCACCUCACAGGACAACUCUUCCUCGCAAGUAAUGGAAUUAGUGCAAGUACUUAGUUGUGAAAACUAUUGAAGGAGACUGUUGAACGGGCGCUUUGGCAUGGAUAAGAAUAUCUAAUAAAGUUAGAAAAAAACUUGUGAUAUGAUAUGUGGUGUGAGUCUGAUGUAUGAUCUUGUUUUGUUGUUAUACAGUAUGUUGGAUAUGUGCUGUACGAGUGAUGAGUGCUGGGUGAAGUACUUCUGUACUUAAGUAUACUACUGUACAUAAUUGUUUUGCUCAUAGCCAUCAAAAUGUUAGCAAAUAACUUGUAAUUUUCACUGAGACAGCUUUUAAGGGAAAAUGGCAACUUUUUCAUGUCAAUUAUUGCAGUAUAUCACAAUGAAAAUACAAUAUUUUAAUUAUAUUGCGACGGUAGAGUUUAUGAGCAUAUACUUGGUCACUAAUUUAAGAAUCCACUGAGGGAUAGUUAUAGUUGUCGCUUUCUUUAGUAUGUGUGUAAACAAUUUACACGAGUAAAAAUGGAUUAGAAUAUAGAUAACUACAUGUAUUAUAUCUAUAAGGGGAGAUAACUACAUGUAUUAUAUCUAUAAGGGGAGAUAACUACAUGUAUUAUAUCUAUAAGGGGAGAUAACUACAUGUAUUAUAUCUAUAAGGGGAAUGGAAGUGGUAACUAUACACAUGUGAUGCUUACAUAUUUGAAGUAGAUACAUUGUAUAAGUAUUCUCUGUAAGAGAGUAUAAUUUGACAGUGACAAUGACAUGAACAAACCCUAACUUUUGAAUAUUGAUAAAUAUGAAAACAUGUCUAUUCAUCAUACAGUGAUAGUGGUAAAUGAACAUUACCCUGUGUUCUGAAAUCACCAACUUGAAUGUGUCUGUUUACCGUAUGUUAUUACACUGCCAUCUGUAAGUUCCUGAACUUCGCAGAAAAUGUUUUGAAAUUCAGUGAAUAUUAAAAUAUUGUUUAUUGUAAAUUUUUGCCUGUUAACUUCUUAUGGUUAUGCUUUUAUAGCCUAUCAAUAGUCAAUUAAGAUAUUGAUGAUAUAUACACUACAAAUCAAGAGAGUUAUGUUAUGGUACAUCUUUAAAAAAAAAACCAAUGUACCAAUAUUCUUUUAAAAGUAAGUAAGUAAAUACAUACUUUGGCACACUCAGAUUUUACCAGCUGACAAAUGAGUAUGGUAAUUAAUAGACACUCCCACUUGACUUGUCAUGACAGCAGUUAGCAUUGUGAUAAUGAAGUAGAAAGCUAUCAAUGAGAAAAUCGCUAAAAUAAAACUACCACUAAGAUGUGUAUGUAUACAGUAUCUUAACACCACAAACUACACAGACACAUUGGGGUAUGUCUGGUGUGUGUGUGAAAUUAAGCUUUAAGUUGAGGUAUUUAUUACGUGUUGUUUGUUAGCAAGAAUGUGUUUUAAUAUUAUUUCUUACACUCAAAUCAUACAUGUAAAUGUCAAUCUAUAUGUGUUAUUAGUUUUAAAAUACUAAAACAAUUUUUAUAUAAAUCAAAAAUAACUGGAACAUAACUUAUUGGAUACAAAUCACUAUCAGAGUUACUUGAUUGCUAUCUUUAUUUUAUUUCUUUAGUCUCUGAUGAAAUAAACAACUAAAUUUGAAAAUAUAUCAACCACGCAACGAACGAACGAGUGUAAACAUUGUUCUUACAUUAAGAUAAUGUUAAUUAUGAUAUUUUAAGAAAUACAUCUAUGAAAAGAAAAUUUGACUUCUGUUGAUUAGUUGAUCAAUUUAUGAUGGUGAGUCGACAUCCUUUGUCUGUGGUACGUACAUCAUGAAUAAUUUUGUUUGAUUAUUGUUCUGUUUAUGGAGAUCUUUCUCAAAAUUUUCACACAUUUCUCAUUAAAUACUGGUUGUACAACAUCACAUUCAUCACUGGAUAUGAAGAUAAAUAUGGCUGUAAGUGGCCAUCUUGGAUUUUUAGCCCACCAUCUGAUGAUAAUUGAGCUAGUCAAAUUGCCAUACAUCGUCUGUUAAUAAUCCCUAGCUUGUUAUCACUAUUACUUGAGAACUGAAAAAUAAAAACCUAACUUCACAUGAA